GUGGUGUUGUUAGUGAACACCAGGUGAACACGGUCAAAUAUUUUAGAAUCCUUCAUCAACAAAAGUGGCAAGGCGGCAAUCUAUGGGAGUGGCGUAGCUAAGCUGCUGGCUUCCAUUUUCAGAUGGAGCUGAGCAUUGCUCUAUCGAUAUCAGAUCGAUGCAUCGGGCUCUACUCAUUUUCGAAAUCCUCCUAGAGAUAUUUAAGCAUGUCAAUGCAACCCAGGACCCAAUCGCCUUGUUUCUUCCGAAGAUAUCGGCGCCAACAUACCUUGCAGCACUUGCAAGGACGUGUAAAACAUUCUACGAACCCGCCAUGAAUGAACUGUGGGCUGAAAUCUAUGGAUUAAAUCCACUGCUAGGCUGUGUCACAAGGUUGUAUCCAAUAAUAUACCGUGCAAAGCGCCCCUCGUACAAACAUCCUGACUUUGACGACAUCGAACCUUUAUCGGCGAAUGAAGCUCGUCAAUUCUUGCGUCACGCUGCCCGCGUACGCUCAAUACAUCUUGAAGUAGCAUUUAACCAUCAUUUUCGUCUUCUGUCAGUCCUCCCGGAAAAGACAUGCAUGUUUCCGAGGCUGCAGUCGUUAUUUACGGCUUCGCUUCCAUGUCCGACUAGAUAUCUGCAUCUUUUUCUGUCUCCCACCCUGCGUCGUUGUGUCCUUUGCGCCAUUGUUUCGGAUCUCAAAUUGAUUGUAACCCGGUGUACUGCUCUCGAACACUUAUACUUGAUGAGCAGCGGUCCCACCUCAUCAGAUACGAUGUCCAUUUUAUCUGACAGUGUCCGUGUGUGCAAGCGGCUUGUAACUCUGUAUUUUCCACCUCUCGACUGGGCAGCAUGGGAGCAUCUCUCCAACCUCCCUACCCUUUUCACUGUCACAGUUGAUAUGAGGAGUAUGGUCACUUCCCCAUCAAAUCUCGAUAAUAUCUCCCUCGGACCCUUCCUCAACCUCACAGCUCUUUCUUUUAGGGCACAAACGGCUGCGUACAUCACAUCACUCAUGCAACACUCAGAAUUCCCUUCCCUGAAAGAUAUCGUCAUUUCUUUCUGUCAAUUCCCUUGGGCAGAUGCUGAGCGGUUUUUUUAUGCCAUAUCUCAGUUUAAAGCAUGCCAGACCCUUGAAAAAAUUAGGAUAACAUCCUGGUGUUCGGGAGGUCAGGAUCCGGACAACUCAUGGACAGCAAUCACACAUCUCCGUCGUUGUCCGCAGCUCCGAGUCUUGAAUCUCCAAUGUCCUUAUUGCUGUGCCCACCUUGACAACAACAGUCUUUUGGAAGCCAUGUCAUGUUGGCCACACAUCCGCUCUCUAGAAUUAAAUGAUACAAAAUGUCGUCAAGCCACCAUUACAUUCCGUGGACUGUUCGCAGCGCUCCGUCAAUGUCCUCAUUUGGAUACGCUCAGAAUGUUGAUCGACGCCAUGAAUAUUGACGUUGACCCUACAACGGAGCCAUCAUCAUCUCGACAUACAUCGCUUCAACUAUUGGAUGUACGCUCCGCUAAGGUCGUGGAUACAGAGGCUGUUGCUCGUAUCAUCUUCUCUAUGCUUCCUUGCGUCGACAAGGUCUACCAUGCCCCGGAUUCCAGCCAUGCGAAUGCGUGGCACGAGGUCCGGAACUAUCUCAAAGAUCUCAAAUCUUCCGCAGUCGUUGAGAGUCCUUGAUUCAAAAAUGCAGCUGCAGAGGCCUAUAUCCGUAUUCAGAUCUGGUAGGAGUUGUCGUCAAUUGUUAGGAUAUAGGAAGUGGAAACGAGCGAUGGAGAUUUGCGAUGAACGUCUUUACUACUCAAGCAAUAAAAACAGAUCGCAAGAGGCUUGCGAGCGUUGAAUGAUCAGCCAACGUGACUAGGCCGAAGGUUGUUUGUUGUACAACGUUCUACUGUACCACUUCGAUUAUGCAUGUGGUAUUUGACGUUCAACUGAUGAUAUUUUCGUCGU